GGGGUCGCGCACCCAUUAGCACGGAUAAGAGGGGUUCUACUGGAAUAGGGCCUCAUAGGCUUGGCGUAAUAAUCGAAAAUGUUGCUAGAAUUGUGGUUCGCUAUAACCUGAAAUGGUUCGUUCUACGUAUAACUAUUCGAGUCAUGUUUUGUUUAUGAAAGUUUUUAUUGGCUUUUAGAAUGUUUAGGGUCAUAUUCAACUCUUCAUUGUCACUGCCACUAUCACUCGUGUCAAUCAUUUCGAGCAGAUUUACCACAUGAUUUAUGGAAUUAACAACUAACGGGCCAAUUUCAAGUUGGAUUUACAAUUUCGCAAGUCCUCGUUGCCAUGGACGAUGCAAUCACAGCAGUCAUUACCCCCUUAAGCAGCUUUUUUAUUCAUUUUGUUUCAAAUGCAAACAAACUUUUGAGGUUACGUUUAUUCGCGUCACCUAAAUAGUCCUUUUACCGUUCAGAAAGCAGCAACUUUAAAGCGCACUCCUAGAGUAAUUAAUCCGCAUCGGCAUACGCUGUUUAUGGCUCUUUCUACUUGUUCAUUCGAUAGACCAGUGGUGGGUUUGUCACCCCCACCCUGCUCAGGUCUCACUUGUAAUUUUAAGAUAGAACGUAAUAAACCAUCGAAGGGACAACAAGCCUAUUACUCAUCCCUUCAAACGUUCCAACAUUUUUGGUCCUUCGAGCCGGAUGGAACCAUCCAUCUGAAUCAGCAAAAACAAAUAAAACCCGAUCAAAUGAUCCAGGCGUUCUUAUAAGACCCGAUCAAAUGAUCCAGGCGUUUUUAUUCAAAUCACAUCUUCACGGCGUCGACACAUUCGUAGUGUGUGUGUAAAAGUGAAGGUGUAAGAAAACCAGGCGAGCCAAGAAGAAAUCCAGUCGACUCUCACUCCCGGAAUUUCCCAAGAAGAAAUCCAAUCGACUCUCACUCCCGGAAUUCGUCAGGAAGAAAUCCACGCAACGGUGACGCAAAAAGAAUCCAUCCGAUUUCCACGUCCGGAGUUCGUCGGGAAGAAAAGCAGCUGCCGAUCCCGAGCCCCGAGCCAUCUCAGCGUCCACACCGUGUCCGAGACGUUCAGGUCAGAUCCUUCCUUUUUUUAAUUACCUUAAAGCGCAGUUUAAGCAAGCCUCAAUUUUUGUUAAAUAUUCGAUUUUGUUGCAUACUAGGUUUAUAUUUUUUGUAUUUAUUAUUUUUACAAAAUGGCUUUGGAUGAGUUAAAAACACAGCGAAAGGUCAUUAAAUAUAGCAUUACUCGACAUCAAACUGCGGUAAAUGCCUUUAAAGAAGGAAGUAAUGUUGUAACUUUAGAGACUAGACUUUCAGACCUGUCGGAAUUAUUUAAAAAAUACAAUGCAAUUCAAAGCGAUAUUGAAUCGCUUCAGUUUAAGGAAUUAUCGGAUAGAGAUGAUUUUGAUGAGGCAGCCUGGGACGCGGGAAACGAUAAAGAGCGCACCGGGGUAGAAAAUCAGUAUUAUGAGGUAGUGGCGAAAAUUAAGACGUUUUUGUUGAAAACUGAUACGUGUACGGGCCCUGGAGGGUCAACUACAGUAAUAAAUAUUAAUAAAUCUGCAUCCGAUUCUAAUGAAAACGUGACAAAUUUAAAACCGUUGCCUUUACCAGUCUUUUCAGGAAAACUUAGCGAAUGGUAUAACUUCUAUGAUUCGUUUAAAUCAUUAGUGCAUGACGAUAAAACUAUUUCGGACAUUCGCAAAUUUCAUUAUUUGCGCGGUUGUCUUAAAGAUGAAGCGUUCAGAGCUAUUGAAUCACUCACAAUUUCCAAUGAUAAUUAUGUAACUGCACUAGAACUACUCAUUAAACGCUUCGAAAACAAGCGGCUAAUCGUAAACGAGCACGUUUUAAAUAUCUUAAAUAUUACACCGUUAAUGAAAUCAUCUCAUGUAGAAUUGCGCCAACUUUUAGAUGCGGUAAACAAUAACAUUGCAGCGCUCAAGGUUUUAGAAUUACCGGUGGACCAGUGGGACGCCCUUUUGAUACCUAUUAUAACUGAAAAAUUAGACUAUGCCACCAAACGGGAAUGGCAAACAGUUCUAAACAAGGAGGUUCCAAAAUACGUGGAUUUUAACGAAUUUUUAGAAAAACGAUAUCAAAUUCUUGAAGCAUUAACCACCAUCAAACCGCAAAUUUCAAAUAACUCAAAGCCAACAAAUACAUUCAAGAAUAACAACAAUAGUAAUAAUAAUAAGUAUUGCAAUAACAGAUCAUUCUCUAAUCACCUAGUGUACAAGCCCACUUGUAGUUUUUGUAAAAAAGGCCACAGUAUUUAUCAGUGUGACGAUUUUUUGAAGCGGACUGUAGUUGAAAGACUUAACGAAAUAUCAAAAUUACAAAUGUGUGAAAAUUGUUUGCGCACCAAUCAUAAGGCCGAACAGUGUAAAUCAAAGAGUUUAUGCAAAAUCUGUCGUGAAAAACAUCACACUUUGUUGCAUAUUAAUGAAUUUAAUCCAACUCAAACAUCUUUGUACACUGUAGGGCCCAGUCAAGUCCUAUUAAGCACUGUAACAGUGCUAAUCGCGGACAGACACGGUAAUUUUCACAAAUGCAGAGGCCUACUUGAUCAAGGAUCACAGGCAAAUAUUUUAACAUCGAAAAUGUGUAAAAAACUUGGCUUGUUUACAACAAAGGUAGCUACAUCAUUAACAGGUAUUAAUUCAAGGGCUAUCUCCAUAAACGAGGGUGUCAAGGUGACAAUAAAAUCCCUUGCAUCAGAUUUCGCCUCUAACAUAAAUUGUCUAAUCGUGCCGAAAAUCACAGAGCCGACUCCAUCUUUUUCAUUUCCUAAACAAUUAAUUAAAGUGCCCACAAAUGUAACACCUUCUGAUCAGGAUUUUAAUUCUCCUAAGGAUAUUGAUUUGUUAAUAGGAGCGGGAUUGUAUUGGGAUUUGUUAAUCGGUGCCGCAUUUCAGUUAGAAGUUAAUCAACCAUUUUGGCAAAACACAAAAUUGGGCUUUGUAGUAGGGGGCAAUUUUAUGAUAUCCGUAACAUCCGUCAAUAAUAAUGCGUGUAAUUUAUUAUCGAGCAAAUUAAAGGAAGGGGACUUAGAAUUGUGUUUAGAGAGUUUAUGGCUAGACGAAGAAAUUGAAGGCGGUACGACUUUGUCCGGAGAUCAUUUACGAUGCGAAACUCAUUUCGGCGAAAACUACGCGAGAAGUUCUCACGGUCAGUUCAUUGUAAAAUUUCCCUUUAUGGAAAAUACCCAACUCGGUAAUUCCUACGACAUGGCAUUAAACAGAUAUUUGGGUCUGGAACGGAAGUUGGGCAAAAAUCCCUCACUAAAGGAGGCUUAUGUCGGUUUCAUGAACGAGUACCUGAAUCUUGGCCACAUGGAACCGGCAGCAAUAAAACAUCUUGAAGGAGACAAUAUUUACUACCUUCCACACCAUGCCGUUUUUAAAAACACAAUUAGUGGCCCUAAAAUUAGAGUUGUUUUUGAUGCGUCGGCACCGACAUCAAAUGGUCUUAGUUUAAAUGACAUUUUGUUAACGGGUCCAACUUUACAGCAAGAUCUUUUUUCUAUACUAUGUAGAUUCAGAACAUAUAAAUAUGUAGUUUCAGCUGAUAUAACUAAAAUGUACAGAAUGAUUUUAAUGCACGAAAAUGACCGCGAUUUCCAAAGAAUCCUCUGGCGGAAUGAAGUUUCGGAACCUGUACAAAUCUAUCGAUUAAAUACAGUGACAUAUGGAACCACAUGCGCACCAUUUUUGGCAGUCAGGUGUUUAUUUCAAUUAGCGCUCGAAGCUGAAUACGAUUUCCCGUUAGCUAGUAACAUAAUAAAACGCGAUUUUUAUAUGGAUGAUCUAUUAUCAGGUAGCAAUUCAAAGGAGGAAGCACUCCUCAUCAAAGGUCAGGUUACGAAAAUUCUAAAAAAAGGUGGUCGAAAUUCAGUACGUAAAAUAAUACAUUCUUGUUUUAAAUGCAACAGAGCUCACCCUAAAAUAACUUUUUACAAAAUGGGGGAUUUACCAAAACAAAGAGUCGAGCCGUCACGGCCCUUUUACGUAUCAGGGGUCGAUUAUGCAGGCCCAUUUUUAAUAAAGGAUGGGCGUACCAGAACACAAAGACGUGUGAAGGCGUACAUUGCGCUAUUUGUUUGUUUUGCGACUAAGGCUGUCCACCUGGAGUUAGUAGGUGAUCUGACUACCGAUAGUUUUUUAGCGGCGAUGAAGCGAUUCACAUCGCGUAGGGGAAAUGUGCGAGAGUUAUUUUGUGAUAAUGGCACAAAUUUUGUCGGAGCCGAACGAGCCUUGUUUAACUCCAGACAGUUUGAGAACAAAUUAGCGAACCAUUUUUCCGAAAAAGGAACAAGUUUUCACUUUAUACCAGCCAGAUCACCACAUUUUGGGGGCCUCUGGGAGAGAGCCGGGCUCCGUUGACGAACACCGCAGAAGAAGACGUUACACCACUACCCAUCAAUCGUCUCUCACGAUGGCAGCGGGUGCAGCAGCUCCACCAAC